AUGAGCAUACUCAGGUUCAGCCACUACUACAACGUCAUCGAGUGCGAUGCCCCAACCUGCGCACCUGAGGGUGAAACCACCUACGCCAACACGGGACCUUCGGUCCAGGCGCCUGGUGGAGAAGUACCUCAAAGGGAAGCUCCUGCCGAGGAGUAUGUGACGUCUGGUUGGAAGAGGAUAUUGGACGCUCUGGGGAACUUGUACCAGGUCGCUGAGGACGAGAACAUUUGUUUGUACUGCGGGGCAGUGGACUAUGAGAUGUACACAUGCCCUGAUCCCAGGGAGAGCGAAAUCAAGAAGGCCCUGAAGGACCUCCGCAUGACCGAAGAAAAAGGAGAAAGCGCGGGUGCUCCCAUGGAUGGUGGUGAGGGAGAGACUGAGGCCAAGGGAGACGCCGGAGCAGAUGGCCCAGAGUCCGAUGACGAUGAGGACAGUGCUGAUCUCUACGAGAAUCAAAUCGCCCAAGUGGUGCGCGAAGCCAUCAUGAAGGGAGGUGGAGAUAAGUGGUCGACCUUAGAUUUCUACAGCGCCUACCCGGAGACGAAUUCCAGGAAGACAAGGACCUAUCGGCAGAUUGAUUACCCGAUCUUGGGAAGAUUCCGCAUCAUCCCCACCAAUGGAUGCGAAUUCCACCACAUCAGGAAUGGGUACGGUGGAGUGGCAUACGGUCGCGACUACGUCCCUGAACUGACGCCCCACGAGAAGGCAGCGAGUUGGAACCUCAAUGUUGGAAUGAGGCAUCACGUGGGGAAGAGUAGCAGGAACCAAGGAUAUGGUUUGAAAUGCGACGAUGCGGGAUGGGUGGACCUUGAUGAAGUCUUGAAGUACUCAUUUUUUUGGGCCCAUCCAAACAUCCAAGAGCCGGUCCUGCUCUGGACACGGAACAAUGGCGAAGGGGCCAUGGACCUCAACGAAGCCAGCAGAAGGAUGAGGUCGUUGUUCAAGAUCAUGCAUCACAGUGUGGUGGACGGGAAGUCCGUGCCCAGAUGUUGGCAUUUGUGGCAACACAAGAGAGUGGUAACGAUGAUGCCGUCGUGCUUCCAUGAGACGUCCAGAGAGAAAUGGGAAUCUUCGAAAGGGGCCCGGUGCGCGGAGGAGGAUCUGGAAGGCUGGUCACCUAUUUCAACGCGUUUGCACCUUGGGAUGAGCGAUCCUGGAAAUUGGCGAAAGGGUACCAGAAACAAAGGUGAAAAGGCCGUGUUUUAUUUGCCAUCUGAAACCCUGAUGGACCAAUUUGAACGCCGAAUCACAGACUCCGGCCAACCAGUGACCGAUCAGGUGAUCCCCUUUGGAAGUUUGAGGGGGGCCUGGGUGCAAGACAGCGCCAAGAAGUGGCACCGCCUUAUU